CUUUCUUGGUUUCUGCCCUCUGUCCGUCCCCACUGUCAUUCAUUCAUUCAUUCAUUCAUAUACUAGUCCUGCAUCCACAUCUCCUCUCCUCUCUCUCUCUCUCCCACUCUCUGGUGCCGCUUCUUGCUUGCCAUUAUUAGAUGGUCUUCCCCAGCUGAGCCUGAGAUGCGAGCGGGCUUUGCUUGAUAGAUUCCCCUCUCCGCGGCGCAGACGACCACCCGCCGGCCGCCCCUGCCGUCGCUCUGGCAGCGAUGAUGAGCUUCAAGGGCCACGACGGAUUCGGGCAGGCCUCCAAUGGUGGUGGUGGUGGAGCCUCCGUGCCAUGGUGGACGGUGUCCCAGAUGCUGUACGGGGAGCCGGGGGCCUCCUUGUCGUCGUCGCCGGAGGCGGAGCCUCGCCGGGACGCCCAGUUCCAGGUCGUGCCCAGAGCUCAGGGCAUCCUGGAUCCACUGCCGGCGCCCAAGAGCGGGGCUCCUGAGGUCCUCAAGUUCUCGGUGUUCCAAGGGAAUUUGGAGUCGGGAGGCAACAAAGGAGAGAAGCCCAUGGAGCACUCCGCCACCAUCGCACUGCAGUCGCCGCUCCCGGAAUACAACAGUCGCUUCGAAUUUGGCCCGGGUCCUUCCAUGAUGUCUUCUGGUUAUCCUUCAGCUGAGCAGUGCUAUGGCCUGCUUACCACUUACGCGAUGAAAUCUACGCCUGGUGGCCGAUUGCUCUUGCCACUGAAUGCAACAGCUGACGCGCCGAUUUACGUGAAUGCGAAGCAGUAUGAAGGCAUCCUUCGCCGCCGCCGUGCUCGUGCCAAGGUGGAGCGAGAGAAUCAGCUGGUGAAAGGAAGAAAGCCGUAUCUUCACGAAUCACGCCACCGCCACGCGAUGCGCCGGGCGAGGGGCACGGGAGGGCGCUUCCUCAACACCAAGAAGGAGGGGAAUGGCAAGGACGCUGGAGGAGGAGGCAAGAGGGCAGAGUGCGCCCCGCCCACGCGCUUCGCCACGUCUCCGAGCUCCGUCAUCCCGAGCAACCCGCACUCCCGGAGCAGCAUCUCGAGCCUCUCCGGCUCGGAGGUGUCGAGCAUGUACGACCACGACGACGUGGACCACUACAACAGCAUCGAGCACCUCCGGACGCCCUUCUUCACCCCGCUGCCGAUCAUCAUGGACGGCGAGCACGGGGCAUCCGCCCCCUUCAAGUGGGCCACGGCCGCCGACGGCUGCUGUGAGCUCCUCAAGGCGUGACUUGAGGGGGGUACACGCAGGCACCCAGAUCAAGAGCCGGCCAUGGCCGGCUCUGGCUCCGUCUGGUUGUCUGCAGGCAAAUCAUUCUUGGCUCUACUGCAUUGGGGUGUCCUUCCACGUCGCAUUACCUCUUCCCUGAGAACUCCGGUGCUGGUUCUCAGGGAUCUUGUGAUGAUGGGGCUCCCCAUAUGCCUGUAAAAUAGUAUCGGAAGCACUAGCAGUGUACUACGGGUAUGAACUCUGUGGUACUAUCAGGUAUCUGUGUCAGAACUCAGAAUAAGUAUCAAACUUCAGGGUCUUGUGGUGUAUUAUUAGGGUCUGAAACUUUGUGCCCUUGGCAAUGUACUGGGGUAAGUUGGAGUUUUUGUUUGUUUUGUUUUUGAUAAGCUUUAAGACAUUAAAUCUAUUGUGCUCGCAAUAUAUGAUUUGUAAGCUUGUCUGCAUAAUAAUUAGAAAUGUUACCGGUUUGUUUGAUAUUA